AUGGCCAAGCUUACGAUCGACUCCAAAUACCGCAUGCCCUCCGGGUAUGAGAUACCCGUCCUUGGAUACGGUGUGUAUCAGACACCUGCAGAUAUAGCGAGAGAGGUUGUUUCUCAUGCGAUCAAUCAUGGCUACCGUCAUGUGGAUUCGGCUGUGGCUUAUCGAAAUGAAGGACCCUCCGCAGAAGGCAUGAAAGUGUCCAAAGUGCCGCGAGAAGAACUGUUUUUCACCACUAAAAUCCCACCAAAAGACAUGCGAUACGAGACUGCAAAGGAACACAUCGAUAACACACUGAAAAUCACAGGCUUUAGCUACGUUGAUCUAUACCUGCUGCACAGCCCGUACGGUGGCAAGGAAAACCGCCUUGGUGCUUGGAAGGCUCUCGUAGAGGGUGUAGAAGCUGGCAAGAUCCGAUCAAUUGGUGUUUCAAACUAUGGUGUACACCAUCUAGAGGAGCUCGAGGCGUGGAUCAAGGAGACGGAUGCAAAAGAACACAAGGGCAAAGGAGGUGUGAUCAGCAUCAAUCAGAUCGAGCUACAUCCUUGGCUUGCAAGACCAGAUAUCGUUGACUGGUGUAAGCAAAGAGGUGUACUCUGUGAGGCAUACUGUCCUAUUGUCAGAGCAACUAAGAACGAUGAUCCGUUGCUGGCACCUCUGGUGAAGAAGUACAAUAAGACACCCGCGCAGAUACUAAUCCGCUGGAGUUUACAAAUGGGGUUCAUCCCAUUACCCAAGUCGGUCACCAAAUCUCGCAUUGAGCAGAAUGCACAAGUCUUCGACUUUGAGCUGGCGGAGGAAGAUAUGAAGAGUCUCAACACCGGAGUUUAUGAGCCUUGUGCCUGGGAUCCUACUGUCAGUCAUGAUUAA